AUGGCUGCCGACUGGAAUUGCCUCCCCUUGGAGAUUCGAUGGAUGAUUCGAGACUACAUCAAAAGCCUUCAGCCGAUUGCAACGAAUAUCGCAAACCAACAGCUUCUUCUUGUAUGCCGCGAGUGGCACAGCUGGUUUGCCCACGACAACUACCGCCUCCUGGUGCUCGAUCAAGACAGGCUUGGCGACUUUGAGAAGCUUGUCAGUGAUAACGAAGCCCGGCGCAAUUACGUACAACGCAUUGUGCUGCGUAUCCGACUUCCUGACUACGGCUGUCCUGCCUGCGACGAAGAAGAAGACGACGCAACCGCCUGCUCUAAUGACGAGGUUUUUAUUGACGUCUUGCGGCGUUUUAUGAACAUCAUGUCGGCGUGGCCAAAGAGAGAGCAUAAUUCUGGAAUAACUCUGGACCUUGGGGCCUACUCACCGAGCGAUGGCAGACAUGGCUUCCGCGACUACCGCUUUUCCGACCAAUACCAGUACGGGGCGCCGUAUACCAGUCAUGAGCAGCAUGCAGAUGUCCUCUGGAGAGCUCAGGAGGCCGUCGAGAACCAGAAGAGCACCUGUCCCGGGUGGACCCGCAACAAUAAUGUCAAGUGUUCUUCGCCUUCCCUACCCUCUCAAAAGAGACUUUUGGCAACGCUUGGCGAUUUCCGACGGCAACACUUUUCUAAAGUAUUCACAGAGGGGCAUAGGGAUACUCCACCGCAUCCAAUCCUAAAGGGAAUUCCCUCUGCCCCAGCCAUCACCUCUUUGGUUCUUCCCCGCCACUACUACAGACCCAUCUCUCUUCUGGUAAUUGGCUGUCUAAUCCGCCAAGGCUUCCCAAGCCUACAGAGCUUCCGGCGCGAGACUUGGAGGGCUUUCGGUAUACCAGCAGGACAGUCUAUGGGUGGAUACCAGAGCCUCUUUGCCGCCUUGCCUACCACCAUCGACCACUUCAGUCUUUUAUGCGAGCUCAAAGAUACCCAUGUCGGCCUUCCCAUUACACUUUCCAGAUUUUACCAACCGCGUUUUGGCGGAAUAUAUAUGGGCAUCGCCGCCGCCAUGCUGGUUAGGCGCCUGCGUUCCUUCUGUGCGACGUACACAGUUUCGUUCGAGGACUUUGUAGGGGGUGAUCUUCUUCGGGGACGUCCGGUUCAUCCCCGGCUCGAGCACCUGGUCAUGACGUCCGAUCUCCUGAAUACCCGCGUUAGCUGCCGCGCGACAAGGUUCUUCGGCCUCAUCUAUAUGGCAGGCCGCUUCGCUUUUGUGUCUAUGCCAAACCUUAAAAGCCUUAUCGUGUGGGACGGAGACAAGCGCGACGGGUUCCUCAUGCGCUUCACGUACACCUACCUCAACUCCAGUGGGCCCGAACAAGGGCGGCGGCAACCGACUGUCGAUUGUUGCGGCACCCGGUACGCUAGAAAAGACCUGCUGCCAGUAUUUGCGAAGUUGCGCCACGUGCUCGGGCUGUUAUUGCCUCCCGGAACUCCUUCUAUGCGCUUCAUUUUCAAAACCUCUCGUCCUGCUGGGCGGAGAGAAGAAGUAGAGGGAGAAAGAGAACUGGCUGUUGGAAGAAGGAUACCCCAGGAACCAGAAUUCCAGGAGGUGCGGCAUCUGAUCCUAGAUCCGGAAUCUGCCAAGCAGAGACUGUUCGAAAGAAGAGUGUUUGAGAUGCAUUGA